AUGUUGCUGGGACUCACCUCAACUUGGCUGGCGUUGAUGGUCUUGAAUCGCGUCACAUAUGCUGAAGAGGUGCCGCCUACUAUUACCACCGCGCCUAUAUACUUGCCCUACUACAGCGAGGAGUCUUGGUCUUUGGUGCGCGGUAGUGUUGUCUCGAGCGACGAGGAGGCUCAGGAGACCACAUAUACGAUAUUCUGCCCAGACCAACAAGGCCCCAACCCACCAGAAUGUGAUCUUGCCCUCGAGUUUCCUUUCGUAAUUGUCGAAGGUCCUGAGACUGUUCGAUUCCACGGAACACAUACUUCAAGAUUAACGGCAAAUCUAGAGUGCAACCUAAAAGGCACAACCGAAGCAACCUGCUCUGGAUCCUCUAGCUUUGACAAGGGCUAUAAUGACGGUAUACAUACUGGCCCAACCGAAGUAUUAUGGACGUCAACUUUCACCGGCGAAGAUGCUCAAUGGGGCGUCUUGACUAUGGGCCCUGUACCACAGGAUCCUGACCCUGUUACUGCGGCUUCAACCACGCCAACAGAAUUCGUUUCGUUGCCGUUAGCUACGGAUGCCAACAGUGCGGCGACAACCUUGGAUGUUGGCGUCCAGAGGAUUGCUCUACUAACAGCGUUUUGCACAUUGAUGGCUGGUUGGCUUUGA